GCCAGCUCCAAUCGCGGCUUUCCCCCAUCGGUUCGAGUCCACAAUCGCUCCAACUUCCUUCGCCUUCACUGCUCACCUGUGCUCCUUCUCCUCUGCUACCCUGAGUUCUAUCCCUGUCCUGAGCCCGGCCGUCUCUCCGCUCUCCUCUACGCUCCCGCUUGUUCGAUCGCACCUCUCGGGUCUUUUGAUCCUCUCUUUUUCUUCCUGCCCACAAUGUCUGGCGAAGCCUGGCUCUAUCUGCUGGCGGUGUUGAUCAACGCCGUCAACCUGUUCCUGCAGGUCUUCUUUACGAUCAUGUACAGUGAUUUGGAAUGUGACUACAUCAACCCCAUCGACCUCUGCAACCGCCUUAACGCCUACAUUGUUCCCGAGGCCGCCGUUCAUGCAUUCCUGACCUUCCUGUUCAUCAUCAAUGGCUACUGGGUUGCCAUCGUCCUUAACCUGCCUCUGUUGGCGUUCAAUGCCAAGAAGAUCUAUGAGAACCAGCACCUCCUGGAUGCGACCGAGAUUUUCCGCAAGCUGAACGUGCACAAGAAGGAAUCUUUCAUCAAGCUGGGCUUCCACCUCCUGAUGUUCUUCUUCUACCUCUACAGCAUGAUCGUCGCCUUGAUCCGCGACGAGUCUCACUGACUUCGCGGCAAGGCGGAGCACGCAAUGCGCAACGGCCGCUCGGGCUGAAGUGUCGCGUGGUGCGUUUGUCUUGACUUCUCCUUGGAGUGGGAAGAUGGGACUGAGCAUGGUUUUGCGAGUAUCUGCCUCGCUGCUGCAUCCCGGCACACUCGCGUCACAAGUCCCGGCUACUCCGCGCUGUAGCCGGCGUGCGGGCGCAUGCAACAGACGAGACCUUGUAUAUGACGUGACUAUGAAAGCAUAUCAUUGAUGACAGCGAACGCGUGUGGGGUCUCCAGAUCUUGAUGUUUUGGUUGGGCGAUAGAUGAGGUAAUCGUAAUCGCCUGGGGGCAGCGGAAGGCUGCUUGAGUUGUUUGUUUGUUUCGUGUUACUUACGUCCUUUGGGUUCUAAUGUUGCCAAAUUCCUGUUGAUGUCUUCAAUAAUGUUGUUGUAUAUACCUCAGCGGUGUGACAUGAAGAGCGUACGAUACUUGG